AUGAAGAAUCAUCAGAAACAGCUAAGAGCUGAGAACUAUAUUCAUCUUAAAGAUGCUGUGGGGAAGAAUGAUGUUAAUGCGACUGAUCUAGGUCAAAUGGUAGAACUUACUUCAUCAUUUACGGGCGGACCUAAGAAUAUGCAUGAACGAAAUCAAUAUGCCAUUACACAUGGUCGCCCGGAUCUAUUCAUCACUUUUACAUAUUAUAAUCCUACUUGGAAAGACAUCAUAGAUGCACUGUUUUCUGGGCAAAAGCCGCACGAUCGUCAUGACAUUAUAGCGAGAGUAUCUCAUAUUAAAGUAAAGAAAUUAAUGGCACUCUUGACUAAAGGAAAAUUAUUUGGAGACGUUCGGUGCUAUAUGUAUUCUGCGAAGUGGCAAAAGCGAGGAUUGCCUCGCGUUCACAUUAAGAUUCUAUGGCUAAAGAAUCGAAUUUCAUCAAACAUAAUUGAUAAUACCAUUUGUGCCAAAAUACCUGACCCCGAGCAAGACCCUCUUGCUAUUAUGUGA